AUGAUCGCCAUUUACAUCAAUACAGGGAAACAUGAAAGAGUGCCCUGUUUGAGGUUAUUGAAUGAGAGCGAGAAACGCCCAUUUGUGGAGGAGGCUGAACGCUUGAGAGUGCAACAUAAAAAAGACCAUCCAGACUACAAGUACCAGCCACGAAGGAGAAAGUCCGUGAAGAACGGACAGGCUGAGCAAGAGGAAGGAUCGGAGCAGACCCACAUCUCUCCGAAUGCUAUCUUCAAGGCCCUGCAGGCAGAUUCGCCCCAGUCUUCAUCCAGCAUGAGUGAAGUACAUUCACCUGGAGAGCAUUCUGGGCAAUCUCAAGGGCCACCUACUCCUCCUACCACUCCCAAAACAGAUGUCCAGCCUGGUAAGCAGGACCUGAAACGGGAAGGUCGCCCACUGCAGGAAGGAGGAAGACAGCCGCCCCAUAUUGACUUCCGAGACGUGGACAUUGGGGAACUCAGCAGUGACGUCAUCUCUAACAUUGAGACUUUUGAUGUUAAUGAGUUUGACCAGUAUCUCCCACCCAAUGGCCACCCAGGAGUUCCAGUCACCCAUGGUCAGCCUGGCCAAGUCACCUACACAGGCAGCUACGGGAUCAGUAGCACCACAGCUACCCCAGCAGGCACUGGGCAUGUCUGGAUGUCCAAGCAGCAGCAGCCGCCACCUUCUCAGCAGCCACCCUCCCAAGCUCAGCCACAACCACCGCCCCCACCGCCGCCGCAGCACACACUCACCACCCUGAGUAGUGAACCAGGCCAGCCUCAGCAGAGGACACAUAUUAAGACCGAGCAGCUCAGUCCCAGCCAUUACACUGACCAACAGCAGCAUUCACCUCAGCAGAUCAGCUACAGUUCCUUCAAUCUCCAGCACUAUGGCUCUUCCUACCCGACCAUCACUCGCUCCCAGUAUGACUACACAGACCAUCAGAGCUCCAAUACCUAUUACAGCCAUGCUGCCAGCCAGAGUUCCAGCCUUUAUUCUACAUUCACUUACAUGAACCCCACCCAGAGGCCCAUGUACACCCCAAUUGCAGACACUACGGGGGUACCUUCCAUUCCUCAAACCCAUAGCCCACAACACUGGGAACAGCCAGUCUACACGCAGCUCACCAGACCAUAAAGUUCUGAAGGAUGGUGUCAAUUCCCCAGACUUACAAAAAUAUUUUUAAGCUAAAAGUGAAUGGAAGAGAGGAAAAAAUAUCCCAGAAUGCAUUGUGCACUACAGCAUCCCUUCAAAACUGACCAGAUUAUUCUCAAUCAAGAAACAUUCCAUGAUGGACUAAAUACUUUGAUUUGAAGGCAGUUUUUUUAUUUUCUUCAAACAGCCAGCUUAGCUUGCAUAGGUAUGAA